UUCACCCAAGGAAAAGCUAGCCAUUACCUCCUUGUGUGCAAGACUUAUCCUGCAACAAGAUCAGCCAUGGCAUUCCGUUCACUUUUAUUCAUUCUGGUUGUCGUGGCUCUGGCUUGGAUCCAACCCGGAUCAUGUCAAGACGAUUUGGCCGACCAAUUCCUGCCUGGUCCAUACGAAACUCAAACGGUCGUCUUUGACAAGGACGACAUCUUGGCCAUCGACCAUAAUAUCUAUGUUUAUGGCCCCUUAGCUGCAGGCAAUUUUCCAAUCAUUUAUUUCUCGUCUUCUCUGGCUGGAAAUGUGCCUGCGACUGCAUACAAAGUUUUAUUGGAGCAUAUUGCCAGCCAUGGUUAUGUCGUUGUGUGCCCAGCCAAGUUAAACUGGCCUGGAACCGAGUACGAAGCCCAAUGGUUGAUUGAUCUCCAUAACUGGGUAGAAUCGAACCUGCUGAUCAAUCUGAUUAACAUGGGAUUUGACGCCGAGCUCAAGAUUGACUUUGCUACCGAAUUCGUCAUGGGACAUUCGGCUGGAAACCAUGUUAUGUGUGAAUACUUGAAGGCCACUUGCGGGAACGUUCAAGGUUUCAUCAUGAUGUCCCCUGUCGAUGGUGUCGAUGAGCUGGGGAUCAUUAAAAAGUUCUGCAUUGAACCACCCAGCCAAGUUUCAUUCAACAUUCCCACCCUGGUUAUUCCCGCUGGUUUGGACAGCGUUCCUGGUAUUGCUCCACCCAAGGGUCUAACUGCCCCUUGUGCCCCGGAAGAAUUAUCCAACAGGCGAUUCUAUGAUGGCAUGAUUGGGCCCACUUGGAUGGUGAACGCCACAGGAUAUGGCCACGCUGACCUUUUGGAACCUGGUCUGGUGGACCUCGUGGACGAACUCAAAUAUUGCGCUUUCCACGAGGGUGGAGAUCCAGAUGAGGUCUAUCGCCGUUUUCUUGGAGGGUCUGUGGUGUCAUUUGCCAAAGGAAUCAUGGGCGAAUGUAAUUUGCUUCAAAAUCUCGAGGACUCGGCUAAUAUCCCAGUGGACACGAGGAUUGAGAUGAAGGGCAUGGAAGAUGAUUGUCCCGUUGGGAGUUGUGAAAACUAAUGAUGGCAGGAGAUGCUCCUUUUUCCAUCAAUCUAAAGUUAAUGUCACCGACUCUUAUUUUUCUAACAUCAAAUUUAAUAUUCGAUUUGCCGUUGUCUUUGAGCCAUUGCUUUCAUGAAAUAUACAGCUGAGCGGUG